GCUUGCAAAAGGAUUUGCGUAUAAAAGAAUAUUUAACUUUAUUUUCGUGAAUUAUCGACUGACGAUCCCGCAGCCUCGGAAGACUUGUGAUGAGAGCGACAGAAGAGCCCUUGUCAAGUACAGAUAAAUAAGAGAAUAAGGUGUCAUGUAAGGAACUCCAGUCAUCAUGAAGGGAGGGAGUGAAGACCAGCCAAAUGUAGAUUCUCAGGAGGAGGUAGUAGAACGUGUGAAGGCUCGCCUGCAGGAGGAAGGGCGAGAAGCACGAAACCUUGUGGCAUAUUCCUUACCCAUACAGGACCCUCCUCAACCUGAUGCUGCAGGAAUACGGCAUAGAGAGGUCAAAAGAGUUGUGGAAAUGACACCUAGACGGGGAUCAAAGCAGGACAAGCGACCGAGAUCGGCAUCUGCAGGUCGAGACCCCCAAGCAAGUCUUCGGGCUCGUCACUGGGGAUUUCUGUUUAGAAAUUUACAGCAAGCAGUGGAUGAGAUCUACCAGACAUGUGAAGAUGAUGAAAGCAUUGUGGAAUGCAAGGAAGCAAUUUUGAUGUUGGAAAGGUACACUAGUGACUUUCAGAAGCUGAUUGAAUGGCUAAAACUGAAAUGGGAAUACGAACACACACCACCACCACAGCGACCAAAUUCACUGACAUGGGAGAUUAGAACAUCCUCACCUGGGAAGGCUUUACAGGCUGACCGGAAGAUCCUAACUCUGAAUGAUGCAAGAAGAGCCCUGACAUUUGACCUGAAGCCAGAGAGAAUAGGCUUGAUGAAUGGUAAUGCUGCUGCUUUGGAGAAGAUGGUGGACAAGUUAAACUCUGCCAAACUUGCACAAGAAGGAAGAGGUAAUGAUGCACGCUUGUUAUCAGGGAAGAAAACACCUCCAAAGCCUGUUAUCAUAGUGCAUGAGGCAAGUAUCGAAGAGCAUCUGGAAGAGAAUACUGCUGUUCUGAAAGUGAGCACCAGUGACAUUGCUGAAGCUCCAGCCAAUUGUGAAGUAGGGAAGGAACGGGAAAAGAUCAGUGGAGGGAGAGAGGAAAACCACAAAGAAGAUAAUUUAAAAGAAAAUGAGUGUAAAGUUGAAAGGUAUACAAAAGCGGAAAUGGACAGAAAAGAAGAUAUAUUUAAUGGUAAUGUAAUUGAUGAAGAAAUAAGUGAAGCCGUGGAAAAUGAAGCAGGAUCAGGGGAAGUGGUAAUCAAUGGUAUUGGUGAUGAUGAUGAAACCACAGAAAUCAGUAGUGAUAUCAAUGUGCCUAGAGAUUCUCAUAAUGAUUUACCUAGUAACGAUACUGGCGAAGCACCUGAGAAGGUGGAAGCAGCCAAAAGUGGAAAGGAAGAGGGUGCCAAAUUCACAGACACUCCAAAAGUGAAAGAGGCAAAACUGAGCAGGAACAAUUCAUCUCCUCUGAACAUCAAAGGGAAAGAGUGCACUGCAACCCAAAAAGUGCAGGAAGCAACUCAGAAAGUCUCUGAGGUCAAAGGAAGUGAUGCAAAGGCUUCAGAAGGUGGGGAAGUGCGGCGGUCGUGUGCUGAAGUAGUCCAGGGAAGGAACCUGUCAUCCAAACCAGGCCCAACAGUAAACAUGAACAAGGUAUGAGGCAUGUAAUGCAUAACGUG